GCUGCAACACAAGUGUCAGAAUCCAAUCAAACACAAACCACCAACCAAAGAUGAACAUCCUACGACAGCUCAUACUCAGGACCAUCAAACCAAGCCUCUCAUCAUAUCAAUCAGUCCCACUCAAGCCAAUCCACCCUUUCAGAAUUCAACAACAACAGCAGCAGCAUCAGCAAAGAGCAUUCUCGAUCAGUCCCUCAGCCCAUUGGAAAUCGAUCGGAACACCCAAAAAGAACCGCAAGACGAGAUGUAAACUGAAGACUCAUCAGGGGGCAUCCAAGCGGUUCUUUGUGACGGGCCGAGGCCAAUUCAAGCGAGUCCAAGCGGGAACGCAACAUCUGAUGACCGGACUCAGUCAGACUCGCAAACGGAAGCUCAAGCCGAUGGUGAUCGUCAAACGGUCCCAGACCAGUCUGUUGCGCAAGCUGCUCCCGUAUGCCGGCAAACGCGCCGGGUUCAGGAAACUCGAUCAAUCCGAAACCGUCUGGUGGCGUAGCGGGAAACUGCAGAAGUCCGGCGUCGCUCUCAAACAGGCUAUCCAACGCUCUCAUGCGCUCAAACGUUCCCAACUUCUCUCGACUCCUUCUUCUUCACCUGCAACUACGACUAUCUCAGAAUAAACUUCUUGCUCGUCAAUUCUUUCCAGUAAUCCACUUCCCAUAUAUAUAUUACCGUCUGUUCUGGUCCUGAGGGAGAGUCAAACGUCUAUCAGAAAUGCAUUCUUUUUAAUUACACUCCUAUGAGUCAGAAAAAACUCCUCUAGAACUUGCAUAACGAGAUGUUUUGUGCAAGAGGGUGAGAAGAAAAAAAAAUAGUGGAUAGUUGUAACGUAUAGCAGUGAGAUGUAGAAGAUUAUAAGCGUCGACCCUUG